AUGGCCGGCCUACCCUUCUGGCCCCUCAUUGGGGUGUUGGCUGUAGUGCUCUAUCUCCUUCGACGACCACCACCUUCCAGUUUGAGACAUAUCCCAACGGUCAAGUACAAUGCCUAUCUACCAGAUUUCAUCAAUCGACUCAUGUACUACCCCAAAGCUGCCUCGAUGAUCAGUGAAGGAUAUGAAAAGUACAAGGAUAGUCCAUUUCGCCUGCUCACUGGCGAUGGAGAAGUCAUCGUCCUGCCCGUGAAAUACCAGGAUGAACUGAGACAUCUUCCUCCUUCGAGACUCAGUUCUCUACAUGCCCAAUAUGAAAACGCGUUGGGCCAGUACACCAACAUCAUCAUCGACACCCUUCUACCUUCUAUGACCGUGCGGAAAAAGUUGACGCCCAGUCUUGGUCGCGUUGUUCCCGGGAUCAUCGACGAGCUGCGAACAGCAUUCGAAACUGCUCUCCCAGGAUGCGAAGAUACCUGGAUUCAAAUUAACCCAAACGAGAUGUUCACCCGACUAAUCGCCCUCGCGACAUCCCGCAUGAUGGCCGGCGACGCCCUCCGCGAAAACGAAGAAUGGCUCAACGUCGCAAGCAACUACGCCGUGAACGUGGGAAUCACCAUUCUCCUGCUCCGCCCUGUCCCCAAAUACCUCCGUCCCAUCGUAGCGCGCUUCCUCCCCAGUGUCCGUAAGAUGAGGAAGCAGUUGCGCUUCGCGAAAGACCUCUUCAUUCCGAUGAUCCACGAGCGCAGACUGGCACAACAGGCUAAAGACCCCAAUUAUACCAAGCCGGAUGACUUCUUGCAGUGGAUGAUGGAUCUGAGCGAGGAAAAGAAGGAGGACCUCAAACCGGAUACCCUGGCGCAUCACAUGCUGCUCUUGGUCACACUGGCUGUUACUCACACCAGCACGAUGGCCUUGUGCCACUGUAUCUUCGAUUUGGUUACCAGACCUGAAUACAUUGAGCCACUGCGGGAAGAAAUCACACGGACUCUGCCUGAUGGCUGGUAUCGGACGACUCAGGCUGCGCUUAAGGAGCAGUCCCGUCUGGACAGCUUCUUGCGCGAAUCUCAACGCUUCGCUCCGCCUGGUGAAUUGAACUUCCACCGCAUCGUCAAAGAACCAAUCACGCUCCAUGAUGGCCUCGUUCUUCCAGUAGAGACACACGUCUGUUUCGCUGCCGGUCCGAUUAGCAAAGACGCUGCCUUCGUCAAAGACCCAAUCACCUUCGACGGCUUUCGCUGGUGCCAUUACCCUCGGGAUCGCUUUGUCCUGACCCCUGAGCUCGGAAAACUCGACGCUAUGCUGAACGGUGCUGGUGAGAUGCAGGCUGAAAAGUCCGCAUCUUCCGCCUAUUUCGUUUCGAUCACUAACACCAACAUGCAUUUCGGCUUCGGGCUCCAGGCAUGUCCCGGUCGGUUCUUCGCAUCGAAUACUUUGAAGGCAAUCCUGAGUCGCCUCAUUCUUGACUAUGAAUUCAAAUUCGUUGAAGACCUGCAGGGGAAGAGACCCAGUAAUCUUGUGGUUGGGGAGCAUAUUCUUCCGAGUAUGACUACGGAGAUGCUGUUCCGGAAAAGACCUAUUGGGCUUUGA